UGGUCGCGGCGAACGUGCCGGGCGUUACGCUCAUGGACACUUUAUUUUCAUUCACGAAACGUUGGCAUUCAAUGAACUUAGAUAGAUACACCUAUUUAUUCAUUAUACUGAUAUAGUCUCUACUAUCGGUGCUUUGUGUCUGUUCAUGUUACCAAUACGAUUUGUUUUUUUUAAACGAAUACCUAGAGCUCUAACAUUUUCGAGCAAGUUGUUUCGAUGUGUGAAUUCUGAAGUUGUUCGCAGUGCUUUCAGUGUCAGCUGUGUAAGCUCGUUUGUUGUCCCUCUCUGUUGACACCAAAGGGAAAGAGAGGUCGGACUGCACCGAGCACUUUUGUUUUCAUGAUUUUCUUUACUGAAAAAUAGAGCGAACUGAUGAAAUAAAUCGCUUUCUAUAUCUUGUGCAUACAAGAAUAUUUUAAGUAAACAAGGAACAUUCACACCACCCACGAAGCAAGAUAACGCAGCGUCCCGUCCACAAAACGUAAUCUGGUACACGGUAACAGGAAACGAUGAAGAUAGAGUCCUCAUCGUAGAUAUAUCAUAGAUGAGAGACAACUUUCACAUCAUUGACACUAUUAUGGUUAGCUGACGAUUGCCUAGCGAUUCGAGAAUGAUUAUAAUAAUGUCAACAAACUUACCCACUGCCAUACAUACAGACAGACGUAGUGUAUGUAAAAACAAUAAUUUUAUAACUGCCAUAAGAUCACCAGAGUAUUCUCCCGUAGAUAAUACAAUGACUGCAGCGCAUGAUAAUGGUGCUGGCCUGGUGAUAAAAGAAAUAUGCCAAGUAAGAAAUACCUGUAGAGAAAUGACCAAUGAUAAUCAUUCCAAUGAUAAUUUAGUGGAAAUUUAUGAAACGACUGAUUUAGAUAGAUGUAGAAUACUAAAUAUGGAUAAUUACGAAUAUAAAGAAACGAUCGAAAGGCGAGAUUCACACAUAAUCAGAGAAUUAAAACGAAACGAAAUGCAUACUAAAAGAUACGUAUAUGGAAAAGAAUCGAUUAUCGAAAAAAGGAUGGAAGUUAAUAUGUACAGAUCAGGACAGGCCACUGAUUUCAAAUUUAAAUUCAUCCGGGAUGUACGGCAGUGCACAGGAGCGGUUGGGAGGACAAUGGGCGUAUGCGUGCAAGUUAUUGCCGUCAUAGGAUUAUUGUUGACAAUGAUGGCGACUUGUGAUGCGGCGCCGGUGAGUUCCCGACUGGAGCGCAAUGCACAUUCACAUGUGAGAAAUUACUUGCAGACGUUCGGGUAUCUCAAAAUAGGUCAACCGGAAAAUCUUAAACUUGGAAAUUCAACGGAAUACGAGGAUAAUUUUAAGAUUGCUAUAAAAACGUUACAGGAAUUCGGCGGUAUUCCAGUAACGGGUAAAAUCGAUGAAGCUACCGCCAAUUUGCUCAAACAAAAGCGAUGUGGACGUCCAGACAGGGAAAUUGGACACGAAGAAAAUGGCAGGAGAAGAAAGAGAUUUGCAGUGCAGGGCGAGAAGUGGAAACAUACCAACUUGACUUGGAGUUUGAAUUCAAAGCAACGACCGUCUCAGCUCGACCCCUACGGCACCAGAAGCGUCCUCGCACGUGCCCUCGACGUCUGGCAGCAGGCAUCCAGACUUACGUUCAGAGAGAUCAAUUCAGAUAAGGCCGACAUUGUAGUCUCGUUUGCUAAGGGUUACCAUGACGAUUCAUAUCCGUUUGACGGACGUGGGCUGAUUCUAGCACAUGCGUUCUUCCCGGGUACAGGACGAGGCGGCGACGCGCACUUCGAUGACGAUGAACUGUGGCUGUUGCAUCCAAAGGAUGAUGAUGAAGGUACUUCUCUAUUCGCUGUGGCUGCGCACGAAUUUGGACAUUCCCUGGGCUUAAGUCACAGUUCAGUCAAAGGAGCACUUAUGUUUCCUUGGUACCAAGGCAUCCAACCCAAUUUUGUACUUCCCGAGGAUGAUCGUAAUGGCAUCCAGCAGAUGUAUGGUCCAAAAGUCAGAAAACCAUGGGCGAAAAUACCAUAUUAUCCAAUAGAAACUCCACCCCCAACAACCACAACAACCACGACAACGACCACCACAACAACGAAAAGACCUUACGUGCACCACCAUCACAAUAGGCACCCGUACCAUAGAAACGAUUAUACACCAUAUCCACGCCACAAAUAUCCAACCUACCCUGACAGAACUAACCCCGAACGGCAUCCUUACAACCCCGACCGUCGCCAUUACAAUGCAUCAGAAGAACAUCCAAGAAGAACAAACAAUCACUACCCUCGGCCCGAAACAACUACGCAUUAUUAUCGUCCCCGUUAUCCACAAGUAAACACUGACUACCCAAGGUAUCCUAGGCCACAUUAUCCAACUGAUCCGAGACAUGAUUAUCCUAGAAGACCUUACUAUCCUCCGAGACCAACAACUUCUAGACCUACUCCACCGCCUAACAAACCGGACACGUGUAACACUAAUUAUGAUGCUGUGGCACUUAUACGAGGAGAACUGUUCAUUUUCAAAAAUAGGUAUCAUUGGAGAAUAGGAGAACAGGGUCGUUAUGACGGAUAUCCAAUGGAUAUAUCGAGAAUGUGGUCAGGAUUACCAAAAAAUUUUACACAUGUCGAUGCAGUUUACGAGAGGCCAGAUAAAAUGAUCGCAAUCUUCAUAGGAAAAGAACUUUACUUGUUUGACAUACAAAACUUAUUGCCUGGAUAUCCAAAACCACUGAGUGAACUUGGAUUACCAGCAGGUUUAGAAAAGUUGGACGCAGCUAUGGUGUGGGGACAUAAUAGCCAAACUUACUUUUUCAGUGAGUCUAUGUAUUGGAAAUAUGAUGAAGAAGUAGGUCUCGUUGAACCUGACUACCCUCGUGAUAUGUCUAUGUGGUAUGGCGUUGGAUACAAUAUUGACAGCGUAUUUCAAUGGAAAGAUGGUAAAACUUACUUCUUCAAAGGCAAAGGUUAUUGGAAGUUCAACGACCUACAUAUGCAAGUGGAACACGAGAGACAAAAACCUUCAGGGCCACACUGGAUGAAUUGUCCUUCAGAACGAAGCGCACGGCGGGAGCAAGAGCGAUAUCUGCCCGCACCCGGCUCCACUAUGCGAUCACCUAGUUCUGCGCCAUUAUCAAUAAAUAUCAGUAAAUUCCAACCGUUAUUGUCGUCUGUUGCCAUUAUACUCACAAGGUAUAUUUUCUUUAUGAUAUAGUUCAAUGAAAUGGUUCCCAGUUAGAUAUGUUUUGUAAUUAAUUACCUAACAUUACGAGUUAAAGAAAACAUAUUAUAUACCUUUUAUGUGAUAAUCGUAUUGUGUCAGAAACUAUGUUGACGAUACUGGCAACAGCAUGAUAUAGCACGAGAUGGCGCAUACGACGUCUUAUUGUUUGGAGACGGGAAGCUAGGACCUACUGAUUUAGAUAGAAGGACAAUGCCUGAACUAAAGUGUAGUCGUAUUCUAUUUUAAAACAUUUUCCUUGCGACUUUGUCUGGCACUAAAAUUCAGAAAAUAAAAAGUAUAUCGUUGCAUUAAAUAAUACACAACAGUAAUAUAUCUACUGUUUUGUCCUGUAUAUGACUGCUAUAAUAUUAAAUAAUUGAGUGCCACUUUUGAUAGUCCUAAGUUGUUCGGUUAAAUUCACACAUUUAUUAGCUAGUUAAAAUGUGUGCAACAUGUUGUACCUAACUACAUAUCGCUACUAUUGAUAUGGUUUAGAAUUACAGAAUAGGUAACUAUUGCGCAAAUAAUGCACUGCCUAUUUUAGUAUUAAAUUGUAAUAUAUAAAUUUAUGUAAACUUAAUAGAAUAAUUUUAUUCUAGUGAUGAUGCAUUUUAAUAUUUGUUUGAGAUGUUUAUGUACAUUUUGAUCUCAAUAUGAUCGCGUGUUUGGUUUGUUAAUGACUUGUAAGGUAUAUAACACCAUUCAUUUAGCUUUUGUACAGUUUGUAUUGUCCGUCGAUGUCAGUAUAUUUAAUGUGUGCAUUUUUCAAUUAAUCUUCUUAAUAUGUAAUAUAUGUAUUUUUCACAAUAGGUGACAUACCGUUUAAAUUCUUUCAUUAUAGAUUUAAUAGUUACUAAUCACUACGACUUUCUGUAGCAUUUUUAUAAACAUGUUAAAUAAUUCGUCUUCGACGAAAAUCAUUACCAUUACAAAUAAAACUCAGAUAUAUUACACAAAGAUAUCUACAAUGCCUUGACUAAUAAAUAUAUUAAUCUAAUUUAAUAUCAUAAUUGUGUGAUAUUAUUAUCAUAAUUUGAAAAACGUAGUGUUAAAUUGAUAGGUAACUAUCUCUUAUGCUGGUUAAAAGAGGUACAUAUAAUCUGUAAUUGUAAUAUAUUGGGAUAUAUAGUAUAUAAACUAUAAAUAAAAUUAGAUAUAUGUAAUGUAUUAAAAGGUUAUAGAGGUCAUCAACUGACUAAUGUGGCUUCAGCUUGUGACUUGAACUGGUAUAAUCUGGUAGUUUCGUAGAGGUAUAGACAAAUAUAUUUUAACAGUAUGAUGAAAUGAAAAGGAUUUUUAAAAGAGAAUCAAAGAGGUUUUUGUA